GAGUCGUUCGAUAGUUUUGUUUAGGAAAAGGUGGCGCUAGUUGACGGCUCGGACGUUCGCGAUGUCACGUGAUAAGGCAGGGAGUGAGGAGUGUCCGCGGUCGGUUCUCGCUGCGGAUGACAGGAAUCUGCCUUACCGGCUCUGAUAUUUUUGUUUUUAUUCCAAAAGAUCGUAAAAUAAUUCCGUUGAAAACAACACAAUGGUGUGUGAAAUACUUAGUUCGUGGAAAAUUUAGGCUUGUAAAGGGAAGUAUCAGUCGUAUUAUCCAAGAGAUUGAAUUAAAUUUAGCGUAAGAUUAAGCUAUUGCGCAUCAAGUCGCAACACUAUGUGUGUAGAUAUGCGCGCCGAAAAUCGAGCCGAUGAUCUCUGCGUCAUCGGAAAAGUGACUCUGUAUUUUUGACAUGCUUGCGAGCUUGGCGGAUGUUAUGUUAACCAUCAUUUUAGAAAUUAUACGAAUGAGAGUUUACUCGUUACUCGGCAUAAACCUGUUGGUGCUCGAAAUCUUGCAAAACUCAUCAGUUUGUAACCGAGAGCAGACGAAAAAAGUCGAUCAAUCUCUGGCAAGAUGAUACGCGCGCCGACAAUCGUUGUUCUGAUCUGCGUCGCCCUGGUCCAAGCCGAUUUCAACCAGGACACGGACUGGAGCAGCGCCCAGUCGUUCUACGACUUCAAAGCUCGCGAUCUCCAGGGCAACGAGAUUUCCCUGGACAAGUAUCGUGGCCACGUGGUUGUCGCCAUCAACGGAGCGACCAAAUGUCCAGCUUCUUCGAAGGGCUUCAAGCAGCUUCAGGCCUUGCUGGAGCGUUACGGCGAAUCUGAUGGGCUUAGGGUCGUGAAUUUCACUGUCGACGGACUGGCCGGUGGUUCUGGCACCAGCGAAGAAAUCGCCGCCUUCUUCCAGAGCAAGGACUUCGCGCUCGACGUACUCGAGAAGAUCGAGACCGAGGGAGACAAAGCGCAUCCUGUUUACAAGUGGAUGAAGUCGCAGCUUCCAACUCAGGACAAGAUAAUGCCAGGAUCGAAGAUCGUCAUCGACAAGAAUGGCAAGGUCGUGUACAGGGGUAUGCCUACUGGGCCUGUUGCGGAAUUGGAGGAUACUCUCAAGCAGUAUUUUUGAGCAGAUAAAGAAUUUUCGAAAUUAAUUGGCAGGUAUUAUGAAGAAACGCGUUAAGAAUGUUUCACGGAUGAAUCCUUGAAUAGAUUUACAACUUUGUGACAUUUAUUGGGAAUUUCGAAUUUGAAUACCAUUACUUCUCGAAAUUACUGUCAAUCACAGUAUAAGAAUAAAAUUUGAGCAAUAGUAGUUAAUAACUUGUCAGAUGAGUUGAUUAUUCGUGAUCACGAAAGCUACUGAAUUUCAUGUUGCGAAUCGUGGGUACAAUAAUUACAUGCGGUUAAAUUUAGAAAAAAUAUAGGACAUCGUCGUCACACGAGAAAUCUCGUUGAAAUAAAAAUAUUUUUCACACCAAGUAA